CUGGUGGUUAGUCCAAUGAAGAUCAGCACAAAACUGUUUGGAAUUAUACUUUUAGCAAGGCUCCUUAAGGAGGUUGAUGGAAAAGGAGAAAUUUCAGAGCUGGAAUCUCUGUCUAAAACGGAUGCAAAGUACACUGCCUUACUGAAGGAGAUAAAUUCCACUUUUCACAGUAGACCGCACACAAAGAAAAAUGCAGAAUUCGAAAAGAAUUUCCAAACAAUUUUAAUUGCUUUGAACUUAAGCAUGUACGACAUAGCGACCAAAAUUGAUAUCUACACUGAUUUUACAGUUUAUAAUCAAAUCAGAGUAGAACUCGACAGGCAAAUAUUUAAAAAGCUACAAGUGACGGAGAGACUUUUGAAGCUGGAAAACCUUAUACCAAAGUGUCGUAUUUUUUUUUCGAUUCAGCAGUCGCAACUUAUCGCAAGUUUCAAUCAAUCGAACCUAAUGAAAUUGGAAAUAUUGCAUGAUCCGAGUCCAGAGUGUGAAAAUGUUGAGCUACAAAAACUUUUCCGCGUGCCAGCUUCAACAACUACCAAGCCCCAAAACUAUGAUACAGAGAUUCAAAAAAUUUUGGUAAAAUACAACACGCGUCCAUGGGGAAAUAAAACGUAUAAGGAGUUCGACGAAAAAAUAUGGACCCUUUUUAUGGCCAUAAACAGCGAAGAGCAAAAAUUUAAAAAGGAGGCAUUAGACACAUUCAAAAAAUAUGACGAUGAUCGCGCCAUAUUAGACAAAGCACUGGCACACCGAAUUGGUGAAUUCACAACGCAAAUAGCGAAUGAAAAAAAUCCGUGCAAGGUCAACCUAAUUCGCUUAAAAAAAGAACUCGGACGUGCAAUGUUUGCAACCAUUCAGAAAAAGCACGAUAGUUUACUCGAAACGAACUAUGUAAAAUCUUGCCUUAAUAAUGAAAGGAAAAUUUACAAAAGCAAACUGACUUAACAUUGCAAAUUUCAGAUUGGUUUUGUUUAACUUGUGCUG